AGCCGGAGGGCCAACAACAAGUCGCAGGCGCGAAAAGCAAUCGAUUGGAAUUAUCGAACUAUCGAAAUAAUCGCUUCGAUUUUGAGAUCUUAAAGGGGAUCAUUUUUCUAGUUGGUGGGAGUAGCCACAGUUACCUUGAAAACUAAAGUCUAAGGAGUGAUCGCACAGCUAUCAUAAAGUUCAAACCUUUCCUCAACCAAAUAUUAUUUAAUUGUUGUAUAAGAUAGUGAGAGUUUCAAGUGUGUGCUAUAAAACGCAUUUUAAAAGAAUUCCACAUUUUAUCGGAAUCUUUUAUAAUUUAUCAACAAUGAAAUUGGUGCCUCGUCGAUAAGCGCAAAAAUAACCAAUGCCUUAUCUAUUCUGUGCUAAUUCAAACAGUACUGCAGCCAAUGUGUUAAUUCUUCGAAAGUGCCUUAAAGUGCAAUGUGCUAAUUAUGUCACACGGGGCGUAUGCGUGCUGUUGAAAGCCAAUAGCAAGUGAGAGCCAAAGUAAAAGGCGCAAACGAGUAACGGAAAAUCGAAUAGACGAAGAUGGUGGCGAAGGAAAAGGCCUAAACGACCAUUCAAUACUUGUUGAAUUAUUAGCUGAGUGUGUGUGAGUGCGAUUGUGGAAGCAAACAACAAAUGUCAACUGCCAUUGCCCCGAGAGUGUAAAACGAAAUAUGUGAAAGAUACAAGCCCAGUCGCAGGGGAAUCGGUAUCCGGGGACAAACGAAAAUGAAGUGUCAGCGUUCUGGGAUGAAAUUAUCAAUUGGGCAAGCUGCUGUUGAAAUGUGAUUUAUCCACCUGCCGCCGGUGCGAUGUUCUCCGAGUGUUAGCCGUGUGUGCCACACGGAUGUGUGCGUGUAGACAACAAAGGGAAAUAAUGUCAUGCAUUGGCUCGACGGCAUUUCUUUGGAUGACAAUUUAAUUAGCGGACGCGCCAGCGGCAGCAACGGCGACAACAGCGACGGCAAUCAGCGGAAAUCAACGCAGUCGAGCUCAUCGCCCACCAAAGCAAGUAGGUUGCACCUAUGUACUAUAUUCCGACCACAGUGCCACACACCACCAGUAGCAACCCAUCACCACAGUUUUUCUUUCACAUGCGGGAAAACUAAUGCACGACUAUGCUCCGAGAACGAAGACGUCAUGCACACUAUAAGCUAAACAGCAGAUUGGACAGAAAGUCUUCGCGGGGCAUGAUAUACGAAAAUGAGGAGCUCAGGCUGCGCACCAUUAAUAUUAAUGCAGAAGUGGAACGAGGGCAAUCGGACAUCAAGCGCCUGCGGCGGGAGAAUGAGCAACUGCGUCGGGAGAUCUGGACCUUGCGGGACGAGUGCGAUAGGCUAAACAAACGCUUCAAGGCGAAGCUCAACGAGCACGAGUUUGGUGGAUGCAGGGGCAGCGGGGGCAGUGGCGGUACAUGCCACGCCUACCGGUGCAGCGGCGGUGGGCGUGGGAGCGGAGGUUGUGAUGCUAAUAGUGAUGACUCUGACUCUUGUGAUACGUGUCGCGGGGCAGACGACGGGCACUGCAGCGACGAGUGCUGCCAGGAGGGUGGAUCCUGUGGGCCGCCAAAGCCUCCACUUCCGCCGGAGGUGCCCAGCCACUCAUCCCAAUCUAAAAACGAGGAUGGUAACAGUAGCAACCAGACCAAGGAGCCACAGCCCAUGCACUUUGAUCACCUGUCGGUGGUCUCCGAGGAGACGCUGAGUAACCCGGAGCUGAUGCACGUCCAGCAGCAGGAGCACCUUACGAUAUUCCCCCCAACAGACGCCCACGGAUCGCAGAGCACGCUGCCCAGCAUGAUGGGACCGCUUACCCCCCUGACGCCCAUCGAACUUGUGGCCAAUCAGCUGAACGACCUGCAGGCGAUGGUGCCACCAUUGUCCUACUUUGAGAACAUCCUGUCGCAGCAUAUGGGAGCACGAAAUGCAGCCCAAACGCCCUCUCCGGAGUUGGGGACCAGUUCGAGCACCACCACCGGCAAGACGAUGCGGCAUACGAAUGGGUGGGACUACAAUCUGCAAUCGCCCUUCACGCAGCGCAAGUACAACGAUCCGUCGUCACCGUCCCGCUCGCCGCCGCCACCUGUGAGCACGAUGACCACAUUUGUACCCACGUCCACCCUGCAAACGAUGCCCAAGAUCGCCCUGAAUGCCCCUCCACAACCACAUCUGGCGGAUGGUGGCGACAUCCAAACGGUGGCCAUCACCACGAAUGCCGCGCAGCAUGCGCUCAACAGUCCGAAGCACUUCUUUGCGCCGAUCAAGCCGCGUUUGAAGCUCAACACCAAGCUGGCCAAUCAGGGACAGGAUCUCGAGCAGGACGAUCUACCGCCGGGUUCACCGCCGCCGCCCUUGCGAGAUCCACCGGAUAUCUUCGUGAAUAACGCCCUGGCCUCACCCUAUCAGCGCCAAGUGUCCCCACAAGUAAGUCCUCGUCACCGACGGUCCACUCAUUCGCAUUGCCACGCCCGCAGCCACCAGCGUAGCCGCCAACGCCCACAGCCAAGCCACUGUUCCCUGCAUCGGGCUGUGGUGGACGUGGCCGCUGCCGUGGGAUUGGGGGAGGUGGGUCCGCAUUCGGGCUCCAGUGUCCUCGAUAUAUACACCGCUGCUCUGGCGGCAGCCGCUGCCGUCAGGUGCUCACCGCUUCCGGCGGCCAGAUCCGUCGAGCCCAUCUACGCCACAGCACAAAAGCCGUGUCAAAAUAUGUGCAUCUCGGCCACGUCUGUCACACAGCCGGUGAUGACCAUCACCACCCAAUCCAACAAGACCACCACCACUAGGUGGCCUUCGCCCAAAAGAUUGGCCAGUCGAGCGAAGGCCGUUGGCGAGGCCAAGGGGGCGGCCAAGUCCGCGGAGAACGUCAGUCAGACGGAUUCGGUCAACUUGGAGUCCAUUCUGAACGACAUCGAGACGAUUUCGGAGGAUAUAUUGGCCAUUCAGCUCGAAAAGAGCAAGUCAAGGGACAACCUAAGCCACAAUAAUAACAAGGACGAUGAGAGGGCGAAGAAACCCUAUCGCUCUGAAAUGAACCUGUAUCUGCAGUAUGACGGCACAAAUCCGACCAUUUCACCCGCCACCACGGACACCCAAACAACGGAAGUCGGAACAACUACACCGGCGGUGACCACGUCCAGCGAAUCGGGAAAUAGUGGGAGCAAUAAAUUAGUGCGACGCACCCGAUCCUUGGAGAGGGAACACACCGACAGCCCUGCACCGCACAUUCCGGACCCCAUGGCACCGUUUCCCGACAAAUGCACCUACCUCGGAUUCGAGCAGCUUAAUCAGGCGGCAGCUGGGUCCGGAGUGCCUCCCCAAUCGCCGAAUGACCAGAGGCCUCCCAUCGCAGCCAAGCCGAAUGUACCGCUGAAACCACCGCCCCCGCUGCCACCAGCCCGCAGGCCAACCAUGCCUACUGAACCACCUCCCUCGCCACCUCCUACCACUUCCGCUUCCGGCGUAAUCGGUCUGCCGCCCAACAAGAGCCACCUGUACAAGACUCUCGCCUCGGCGGCUGCCAAAAGAGCCAUCUUUCGCUCAUCGCCGUCGCAGUUAACCAGAUCCCUGGACGUGGAUCCCGCUGUACCGGAUGGGGAGGUGGGCGUGGCAGGUGACCAGUCGUCAGCUGCUGCAAAUAUGGACGAGUUGACGCGGCGAAAGGCACGACGCGUAUCCAUCGUUUGUGGAUCCGGACAGGGAGGCCAGCAGGACGACCACGUGACCACGCCCGUUACUACCGUGCCCAUGGCUACCUCCAGUUGUGUGGACCUGAGCACAGUGCUCACUCAUCCGGCAAUCAAGGCUUUCAAGAUGAGUCACAGCACCCCCAACUCGCCGCAUUCCUCGCGUCGUCGCACCAACAGUAACUCGAUGUCAGCUCCACCGGGAAUACCGGUGAGCAGUGGACACCCCGAAGUAGGGGCCACUGCAUCGGCACCGCCCAGCACCACCCAUCAUCACCACCAUCGCAAGGAGGGCAGUGAUCCGGUUCCUAUGACGGCCACUGUUAGUCGGACCAAGUGCUCCAGGCGGCACUCCGAGGGCACCGUUCACACCGUCCACCGGAACAGUGCUGCCAGCGGAGGAGCAGGAGGUGGACACCACCAUCACAGCCACAGCCACCACCACCCGCACAGCGGAAUGGUGAUCAGCAGCAACCCGCACCACAGCCACCAUUCCCACCAGGACAGCAACCACGAGACGGUCACCUCGCUGUCCGAUCGCAACUCCAACAGCUUCGCCUCCUCCCGCGAGUCCUCCACUAGCUUCAGCAUGCGCUCCAAUCGCCGGAAGAUCUCGGUCAGUUCGCACACGGGCGGCAAAAUACCGUGGUGCGGCUGCUGGGGCAAUGGAUGCCUAUAGAUUGGCGCGAGGUAUCAUCAGCUACCGUCCAGGAACAAAACUCAAUAUAGUUCACUUAGCUAUCAGAAUCAAUCAAAAAAAAUUAAGGAUUGAAUGGGUGUUAAUUAUGAGUUAGCAUACACGUUUGUGUACAAAUAAUUACCCAAAAUCAAAACAAACGCAUGCCACAUUCGAUAAAUAAUUAAAAUGCCACAGCAUUUGAGUAUUGAGUUGAAAAUGAUUUUCCAAUUAUUAAAAAUUAUUUGCUAACAAGUAUGGGAUUUUUAGAAUCAUAACUCAGUGAAGUUAAACGUACAUAUUAUAGUUUGUAUUUUAUUAUUUGGGAUUGAGUAAAAGAAAAUUAUAAAUUUCAAUAGCUACUUGUCUCACCUGAUUUUAUUCGAUUUAAUUACGGCAUUGUUUUUACGGCUAAGUGAAUUAUACUGAAUUCCACAAAGGAGUGUACAUUUCUAAAUUCUCAUAUAUCCACUUAACGUGUUUGUAUAUGGCUAAGUAAGGAUAGAUUGUGAAACAAAAGCGGAGCAGCAUUUUGUUUCUAGGAACUAAGUACAAAACCCAUUUUGGAAAGUUAUUAAUUUAACCAAUGCAAGUCAAAAUCAACCCCGAUCUAUGUUGUACAUAUUACGUUAAAAACAAUUAAGUUGUAGCAUUUAAAUGUUGGUCCCGAAUAGAAGUCAUGUAAAUUCUACAAACAAAGUUAUGUUAUAAUUGUUUCUGAAUUCGGAGAGAAUGCAAAUCAGAAAUACAAAAUAG